GCCAAGAAAUACACGAAUCCUUUUUGAGUAAUCUAGACCGACAUUCAGCAACGUUCUCUGCCAUUCUUGCAAUCUGGACAUGUGCGAUAAAUUCAUUAAUUAUAGUCCUAUGUUCGAUGUGCUCGUCGACCAAACACGAUGCCAUUUAUGUUCAAAUAAUCAACUUUUGCGUUUCAAAUAUUCUCACUGGUAUUUUCAUACUUCCGCUUACGGUUUAUCAGAUCUUACAUGUUUGGGAACUAGGACAAAUUGUAUGUAGAAUUUUCGUAGUCUCUGACAUCGUGCUACCGUUCGUUUCAACUAUUAUUAUAAUCAACAUAACUUGCGAUAGACUUUUGGAUAUAACUCACCCUGUUCUACAUGCGUGGCUGUUCCAAAAGUCACUUUUGAAGGUGAUCGUUUUGACACCCUGGAUAGUAGCGGUUAUAACAGUAAUCCCAGUUUGGACAUCUGGACUCAUGCCACAUGGACAAGUUGAAUACGGAUGCUUUAUUUUGAUGUCAGAAGAGAGUGGAAUUUUGUGCACAGUACUGACCUAUUUUAUUCCGUUAAUUGUUAUCGUGAUUCUGACAUUCCAACUGAUAUUGUCGAAACUUCAACGAAGCGACGUAACUAACUGUUCAACAAACACCAAUAGGAACACGUGUGAUAACAAUCUAUUAGCUAUCGCCGAGGUUACUUCUACUACAAAAACAAUACCUGAGCAUUACUCCAACACCGACAAUGCUCACCUGGCUACGAGUAAUGCUGAUUCGGGCUCAAAACGUGCAACGGCCGGUAACAAACCUGUAGAUAUAGUAACUGUGUGUUCGGUAAACAUUGUUUACGCCACGAUGUGGUUCCCUUUCCAGUGUGUAAGCAUUGUUUACACCCUAUGUGAUUCGAGUUAUUGCUCCCUGUCGCCGGAGCUUACUCAGGUUGUAACACUCUUGGCCGCAGCCAGUGCAGGGGUGGUGCCACUAAUAUGGCUUCACGACCAGAAACUGAAGGGCAAUAUAAAACGCAUCUGUGGCAAACAAACGACCACGAAUCUUCAAGAUAGCGUGGCUAGUGGAGAGACAUAUGUUUAACAGAUUGAUACAACCGUAUAAUGCACUGUAAACUGUACUAUGUUCAAAACGUUAUUCAAAAAACUUUAUUCAGAGUCAUGCCUCUGUAUGAGAAGGACAAUUCGUUGUUCGAAGUGAAAGAUGGCGGACAAGAGGAACUGUGAAAACUUCGAAGACACAGCGAAAUCUACACCUAAUAAUAUGCAGUCGCCUCAGAGCCUCAGAUACACAUGCACGUUGUAAAAGCAAGUCAACGUAUCAGUGCAUUCGAGCCAGCGAUGUUAUUAAAAAAAAAUAUGUUGAUCAAAAUGUAUCGCGGCUUCAUCGUGGGUAUAGACCAUGUAAUAUGCCGACGAUCCUAAAUAUUGAUUUUGUUUUUUCAGUGUAAACACAAUAUAAACGUUAAUGUAAAUGAAUGAAAAAAAUUCUCAAUUCGAAAGCAUAAUCUCCUUAAUAGAACAAAACCGUAAAUAAUGAAAUAAUGCUUGAAAAGAAAUUAAAGCGACUUUCCUGAGGCAGGACACAUUUUUAUCGACAUCAGAUAAUACAAGAAGAGUGCUUAGAAGGGAAGUGGGAAUGUUAUUACAUGUUUAACCAAGACGUUGAAGGACUCAGAGCGGAAAAAUGUUCAUCGCCGGCAUUCGUGGAAUGAUAUAUCGAUAUGUGUAUUGGGCCAAAACAAAUGUUCUCAGAUAAAUUUACUGCAACAAGUGGAAAAAUGGGCCAUGUCUGAAGGGAAGCGGACAACGACAACGAGCGAGGCCUGGUAUUGUAAUGCUCAUGGGGGUAGGGGGGUGUUAGAGGAUUAGGGUAAGGGUUAGGGUAAGCGGACAACGAUAACGAACGUGGCCUGUUAUUGUAAUGCUCCUUGGGGUUAUCUUCCAAAACGACUCAUAUGUUAAGAUAGUGUGGUAUAUAACAAUAAUCCAAUUAAAAUCGUUUACAUGUUUAAUGAAUACGAAUGUAAAGCAGCGGUUGCUAAUAUACACUUCUCAAAUACUUAAUCAGCAGCGGGUAAGGCGAUGGCAAUUUUGUUUACUGCUACGAAAGCUUUGAAUGUACAUAUAAACAUCAUGUCACAUCUGUUUAAUACCGAUGUCGCCUCUAUUCUUAAUUAUGGUAGCGAGUCGUGGAGGCGGAAAAUAUUGAGCGACUUCAGCGCAUAGUCGGUAAAUGGGUUUAAAAUUCGAAAACUUUACCCGGUGUAUAAAUGUUGGUAUUUAAAAACGUUCAAAAUUAGUAAACAUUUUUAACGUAAGAUCUGUAUUUAAACUGUACUUUUCGUAUAAAGUUGUGACCUUAUUUGUAAGUAAUAGGCAUCCAGCGUUGGAAAACUUAUUACAGAAUCAGGUUUGAAUGAUUUUUACAAAUAUCAAGAUUCUAUGAAUAUAAACAUUUUAAUAAUACGUUUUUGCAAUAGAUAUAAGUUGUUUUAAUUGUAAAAUGGCGAAUUAAUGGUAUAUAAGCAAUACACUUUAACCUCACGUUUACAAAUGAAGAUUAAGUAUGUUAAAAUGUUUACAAUUAUUGAAUUGGACCAGAAAAAACUGUAUUGAUGAUAUUGGUAAUUUCUUUAUCAAUUCAUGAACUUUGAGCUAAGUAUAUGUAUAUAUAU